AUGGAUCAACAACAGAAGACGGCUGCUCCGGUCUACGACCUUUCUCAGGGCGGUCACUACGGAGCCAGCGCCGCGUUGUCAGCUCAAGGCUACGUUCCUCAUACCGAAUUGUACUCGGGACUAUGGUCAAAUAUCAACCAAGGGCUUACUGGGCCUUCUAGGGAAAUCCUGGCAACGUAUUGGCAACAGACCAUCAACCAUCUCGAGACGGACACCCACGACUUCAAGAUCCAUCAACUGCCUCUGGCAAGAAUCAAGAAGGUCAUGAAAGCGGACCCGGAGGUCAAGAUGAUCUCCGCUGAAGCUCCCAUCCUCUUUGCAAAAGGCUGCGACAUCUUCAUCACAGAACUUACCAUGCGCGCUUGGAUCCACGCCGAGGACAAUAAGAGACGGACUCUGCAACGUAGCGACAUAGCUGCAGCCCUUGCGAAGAGCGACAUGUUCGACUUUUUGAUCGACAUUGUCCCCAGAGAAGACAGCGCCGGGCACGGGAACUCGAAACGGCCCAACACCAGCGGCCAAGCUGCGGCCGCGCAAGUUCCUCAACAACAAACUCAACAACAAAUGCCACACCCAGACUACGGCAUGCAGCAUGGGACAAUGGGCCCACCUGACAGCCAAUACGGAAGACCCCAAAUGUACCCGGGCCAUAUGGGCGGUGAUGCGCAACAAGAUCCUAGUCAAGGCUAUGGUCAACCUCCGCAAAUGUUCACUGGCGGCGAGAUGUACAAUCCUUAUGCCCAGGGACAGUUUGGUGGCACUGGUGCUCAACAGGCCAGAGACCACAAAGUCAAGGAUAUGGAGGUCCAAGGCCUGGCACUGCUGGCAGAGAUCAGCAGGUCAAUGAGCAAGGUUAUGGACCUGGCUAAGGACCCAGAUCAGAUCGGACUCUCCGCCACCACCACAAGUGCCAGAAGAUUUCAAGACUUUACCAUUGGAAGGACCAAAAUUGAUACCACUGCCGUUUGA